AUGGCCCUGGUGCGGGGCGCCGAUCCGGUAGCGGGGCCCUCCCGCUGGCUGCCCACGCACGUCCAAGUGACGGUGCUGCGGGCCCGGGGGCUGCGGGGCAAGAGCUCGGGCGCGGGCAGCACCAGCGACGCGUACACAGUAAUCCAGUUGGGCCGCGAGAAGUACAGCACGUCUGUGGUGGAGAAGACGCAAGGCUGUCCUGAAUGGCGCGAGGAGUGUUCCUUCGAGCUGCCGGCCGGCGCCCUGGACAGCCUGCUGCGGAUGCAAGAGGCCGACGUGGGCCCGGCACCCUGGGCCGCGGGCCCGGCCACCGCUUGCGAGCUGGUGCUCACCACCAUGCACCGCUCGCUCAUCGGCGUCGAUAAGUUCCUGGGCCAGACCAAGGUGGCGCUGGACGAGGUCUUUGGCGCAGGCCGCGCCCAGCACACUGAGUGGUACAGGCUGCACUCCAAGGCAGGCAAGAAGGAGAAAGAACGCGGGGAGAUCCAGGUUACCAUCCAGUUCACUCGCAACAACCUGAGUGCCAGCAUGUUUGACCUGUCCAUGAAGGACAAGCCACGGUCCCCCUUCAGCAAGAUCAAGGAGAAGAUGAAGGGCAAGAAGAAGUUUGAUCUGGAAUCUGCCUCUGCCAUCCUCCCAAGCAGUGCCCUAGAGGAUCCUGAGCUGGGCAGCCUGGGCAAGAUGGGCAAAGCCAAAGGCUUCUUCCUCCGUAACAAGUUGCGCAAGUCAUCCUUGACCCAGUCUAACACCUCACUGGGCUCGGAUAGCACCCUGUCUUCAGCUAGUGGGAGCCUGGUCUACCAGGGGCCUGGAGCUGAGCUUCUCACCCGUUCGCCCAGCCGUAGCAGCUGGCUGUCUACAGAAGGGGGCAGAGACUCUACACAGUCUCCUAAGUUGUUCACCCACAAAAGGACCUACAGUGACGAGGCCAGCCAGAUACGAGCAGCUCCUCCCCGAGCCCUCCUUGACCUUCAGGGCCACCUUGAUGGUGCCUCCCGGUCGUCUGUCUGUGUCAAUGGGAGCCACAUUUACAACGAGGAGCCCUCAGAACCCCUGCGGCACCGCAGCUCCAUCUCGGGCCCCGUUCCCCCCUCUAGCUCCCUGCAUAGUGUCUCUUCCCGGCCUUCUGAAGAGGGGCCUCGGUCUGUAGAUGACUCCUGGGGCAGAGGCAGCCGCAGUGCCAGCAGCUCAGAGGCAGUGCCUGGACAGGAGGAGCUAAGCACACAGCCCAAAGUGCUGGCCGUUGGGACCAGCCACUCUGGCGAGGAAGAGGGGGCCCGGCUUCCAGAGGGGAAACCAGUCCAGGUUGCCACACCCAUUGUGGCCUCCUCUGAGGCUUUGGCAGAGAAGGAGGGAGCGCGGAAGGAGGAGCGGAAGCCCCGGAUGGGCCUCUUCCAUCAUCACCAUCCAGGCCUAAGCCGGAGCGAGUUGGGGCGACGUAGCUCGCUUGGAGAGAAAGGCGGUCCCACCCUGGGGGCCUCUCCACACCACUCAUCCAGUGGGGAAGAAAAAGCCAAGAGUAGCUGGUUUGGCUUGAGAGAGGCCAAGGAGCCGACUCAGAAACCCAGUCCCCACCCUGUGAAGCCCCUCAGUGCUGCCUCUGUGGAGGGUAGCCCUGACAGGAAGCCUCCUCGCUCCAGUCUGAGCACAGCCCUGAGCAGCGGUCUGGAGAAGCUCAAAACAGUCACAUCUGGCAGUGUUCAGCCUGUGGCUCCCGCCCCCCAGGUUGGCCAGGCUGUGGAAGCCAAGAAGCUGAAGGACUCAGGUGUGCUGGACCAGUCGGCCAAGUACUACCACCUGACGCACGAUGAGCUGAUUGGCCUGCUCCUGCAGCGGGAGCGGGAGCUGAGUCUGCGGGAUGAGCAUGUGCAGGAGCUGGAGAGCUACAUUGACCGGCUGCUGGUGCGCAUCAUGGAGACUUCACCCACACUGCUGCAGAUUCCCACUGUUCCCCCCAAGUAA